UAAUUUUACGAUAUCAGUAAAUUCCAAUAUUUCGAAUUAAAUUUAAAAUUCAAUAAACAAACUACUAAAAUCUAUCUUAACAACUACAGAAAUAGACUCAGUCAAUUCUAUUCAAUGAAACUUAAAAUAACAUUACGCACAUGUAAGUAAGCUUGGGGCUACUUAGCAAGCUAUCUAUGUCUGAAACUGACGUACACAGGAGCACGAAAUCGAUAUGCGACGCACACUAGCGUCUAUAAUGAAACCGAUGGCGCAUGCUCGGACGGCCCUACCAUGACACCUUUUACCGGCGCUCGACAUCACUCUGGCAUCGCUGCUAUCCUACCAGCGAUUCCGUUUUGAACAUCCGUGAGAUAUUAUAAUACAGGGUGGCUAGCCCCGGCGCUUCCUUUCGCGACUUCCCCAGUAAACAUCACAUCAGCUGGUCGAAUAUGCGGUGUCGAACUUUUUGAAGAUAUGUACAAAAUAUAUUUUAAUUCACGAUCUUUUUUCAAUGAUUUUGUUACAUGUUUCAUUGACUUAAUUGCUUACAUCCUAGAUGUAACGUCUUCAUGGUCACUACAUUGUGUGUUUGCCCGCAGUGUGACUGCGUCGAAGUAAUGUCAAAUCAUUAACUAGUGCUUAGUGCAGUACAAUAUGCAUUUAUUGUCAAAUGUUGUGCUCUCCGUGCUGGACAGAUGAGUGCUAUCCUAAACUCCCUCAGGAACUUGGCCGGUUCUUCGAGGGCCAAUCCAGCUGGGGACGCGAACGCGCGGUUCGGCUUGGCACCGAGUGGCAGCGAGGGCCCCGGCGAGGGGGGGUUUUCGGAAUGGCUGCACGCGAUGAAACUGGUCGCUCGACUCCCGGCUGGAGUUCCACAGCAUUUCCGGAGAAAGCUGUGGCUGACGCUGUCGGAGCGGUACCUGUCGUCGCGGGGAGUGCAGUGGGCAGCUGCAGAGCGCGCCUGCUUUCGCGGGACCGCACAGCCAGAUGAUACAGAGCUCGGCGCGCAGAUCCUCAAGGAUUUACAUCGCACCGGUUGCUCACUUUUCUGUGGCACUGAAGGUCGAGAAAAUCAAGCAAUGCUUAGAAGAGUUUUAUUAGCGUACGCUAGGUGGAAUAAGGACGUAGGAUAUUGUCAAGGCUUCAAUAUGUUAGCAGCUAUUAUUUUAGAAGUUAUGGAAAAAUCUGAAUCCGACGCUUUAAAGGUUAUGAUAUAUUUAGUAGAAGCAGUACUGCCGGAAGGUUACUUCGCUGACGACCUGCGCGGUCUGUCCGCAGACAUGGCCGCCUUUCGCGACCUGCUCAGACUGCGUCUGCCGAGACUGGCACAGCACAUGGACUAUCUACAGAAAAUAUCAGACGGUGGUGGCAUAGAACCUCCCCUGCCGGAUGUGUUCACAAUGCAGUGGUUCCUAACGCUGUACGCGACAUGGCUGCCGCGGGAGUCGCUGCUGAGGAUCUGGGACUUGAUCCUGCUGGAUGGCAAUGAGGUGCUGCUGCUCACCGCACUCGCCAUAUGGGACAUGCUACAAGAUCGUAUACUAUCGGCUCGUUCAGCGGACGAGUUCUACAGCUGCAUGGGCGGGGGCGUUGGCGCGGUGUGGGCGGCGGGCGAAGCGCUAGCGGCGCGAGUAGUGGCGCUGGGUCCCGCACCCGAGCUGCCGCGCUUACGCAGCCUGCACCGCUACCGGGUGGCACCUCCAGCGCCGCCAGCGCCCCCUACCUCCGCACCAAUAUACCACCCACCUUUGCAAUCAGCGGUGCAGUCGAUGACAAAACGUGGUUUACGAUUGUUUUAUUCGGAAGACGAAGGUGAUUCUAGUGACGAUGGAAAUAAAAUGGCUCUAGCUACGGUGAUACCGCGGCGCGAGCAGAGGUCAGGGGCUGGCGACCGUCUGUCGCUGGAUAUCGGAGCGCUAAAACGUCAGUAUGCCAGACUUCGAGAGCGGCAAAGGCAAGCUCAUGUCAUUUUAGCGGCUGCUUGUGCUCGUCAAGCUGCAGGUACUGUUGGUGUGCCAACGUCACCGACCUCGCUCACAGUGAAUAACCUUUUAUUAGGAAAAAGUGCAAUUGUAAGUUCGAGAGGCCGCAGACUUGGUCCUCCGCCUGGCGCCAUACCACCGACGCGAGCUUCAUCAUUAAACCACGAGAAAUCUGAUGCGAAACCACGCACUGCGACAAAUGAUACAAUUAGUUGGAAAGAAGAAAAAAGCAGAAAAUCUGUCAACAGGCGCAACUCAUUAAAAUGGAAAGACAUUAAAAAAGAAAAAACAACACGUAAGGGUAGAAAAGCGUCUAUAGAUUUAGAUGAAGGUGGUGAUGGUGUUAUAGUGUCCGAAGUAGAAGCCAGCGAAAUGAUCGCCUCAUUGCGGUCGAGAAGUUCUAGCGAGUCAUCUACUUACUCGUCUCAUUCUGCGUCAAGUACAGACACUAGUUUAUGUGAUGAAAAUGAAAGAGUCAGUGAAUCUGAUCAAAGUGAUGAUUCAAAAGAUAAAAUAAGUGCAACAGAAAUACACAGAGUACAAAAAACUACAUCUAAGUCAGUAGCAAAACAAGAAGCUCAUACACAAACAUCUGCCCAAGACACUAAAUAUCCAACUUCGCCGAUACCUGUAAAAAGUAUUAAUGAUUACCUUGAUUCUGAUGCGGGCAUACCACUUCGUACUUAUAUUGAUGGUUUUGAAACAAAAUUAAAAAGUGCUCCCAGUUGUGAAAAUUUCAGCAAAAAGCUUACUACCCCUAUUAGUCCCGCCAUAACCUUAUCGUGUCAUGAUAAUUCUGAAAGAAAUGAUGUAUUGCAAAGAUUAACAAAAACAAGUUACGGUGAAAAUUCGUCAAGUCGAGAAUUUAUAAGACCGACAAACUUAUCAAAGAGUAAAAAUUUUACUGAACUUAGCCCAAUCGACAUAUCGCCAUGUAACUGCGAUUUUGAAUGUAUAUCACCUUAUGGUUAUGAUUUUGAAUCAAAUUUUAAUAGAAUAUCUCCUUCGACUGUUGAGUUAAAUUCAAGACAACCUGAUAUUAUUGAUAGUUUGACAAUGUAUCCUAAUUUUGUUCCAGAUAUAGAUUUAUCAGACAAAAAUAUAUCAGAUUUUGAUAGUCCUCCGCGUAGCCCUGGAGAGGAAAGUAUUAUUGUAAGCGAAGAUGAACCACCAAUACCGCUCAAAAUUGACAAAUACUUUGAACAUAGUCCAGAGUUUUUUGGCGCUCGAGUAACCGAUCCUAAUAAUUCAGAUAUUCCUAAUCGAAGAGCUGCAAAACGGCAACUGCGGCAACCUAAAAAACCUGAUUCACUAACUCUUCAAACAAAUCAUAACGAUGAAACAUUAAAAGAUGACGUCGAAAGAGCAUCAUCGUUACCACAAAGUCAAAGUUUUCGGAAAAUUAAGACACCCAGUCCAACUUUAACCCCAGAAAUUAAAAACAAAUUCAGUGCUGAAUGUUUGAAUAUGAAUAAAAAAAUCAUCAGCAAUGACAAAACUCCAGAGAAACAAGAAGAAAAACCCUUGAAAGUGACUGAUAAAAUUUCACCAAAAGAAAAUUUUGUUAGGUGUGGUAGAAAAAACAGUGAAAGAGCUCUACAAAUCAUACAAGAAAAUUCGCAAAUAUUAAGUCGUAUUCUAACAAAGCAAAACAUAAGUGCUAGUCAAAACCAAACAAAGAAAAACAGUGAUGAUUUAACAAGCAAACAAGAAAAUAUGAAUGAAAAAAAUACAAACAAUAAACAAAUCGAAUCCCCAUUACUAAAAGAAUCAACGUCUGAUUCUUUAAUUGGAUGCAUAAAAAGACACCCUAAGAUAGAAAGCACUGAAAGAAAUGAUUUCCAGAGAGCUAGGCCAAUUUCUAUCGACGAUCCUUUUUCAUUCGACUUGCGAAAUGUUUUAAGUAGAAAUGAAGGACUAACUGUUAAAACUAACAAAACCCCCAGCAGUGAAUGUCUUGGUAAUAAAACUGAUUUAUACGGUUGGGAAAACAAAGGAUUUUUGGCCAAGUGUGAGUUUAAAAACUUUACCGAAAAAUCUGAAUGUAAUUAUGAUAGUUUUCGAACAAAACAUGGCAAUUCACCUAUAAAACAUACCUUUUCCCAGGAUUUAAAAACUGUGGAAUCACGGUGGACGCGGCAUUCCUUUUCUGAAGACUCAAAAACGUCAGUCACAUUACCUUCGUUAGGCUCGAAGGAUAUAUCUCCUUACGAACAUCGCUUCACUUCUGAUGACUACAAUUACACCUUUGCAAGUAAAUACAGUGACCUUAUAAGUAGAGCUAGUGACAUUUGUAACAAAACAGGUGACAAAGUUUCAAAACCUAGUGAAAACACAAUAAAAAGUGAUAACAGUCAAGUAAGUGAAUUUUCUCAUGUCGUCACCUCUUCUAUUAGUUUUACAUGUGAACCUUCACUAGACGAUGAUUCACCAAUAGGAGCUAAAAGCAAUUCAAGUGACACAUUAUGCCAGAUAACAUCAUUAGACCAGAUAUCUACACCUAUAUCUCCAAAAAUAUUCCCAAAUCGAGAAACACCGACUAAUCAAAAAGAAUAUACUGAAAAAAGUGAAAAAUCCAGAAUGGAUUCAGAUGAUACUUGCAGUGCAAUCACAUCCCUAGUCGAGACUGACACAUUAUCGUCCCUAUCUUACCCGCGUAGUCCAUCUACUGGCUCGUAUCAUCCAUUCCCCACACGACAGUCAACAAGAUUACCUAAGGAAUUAGGAGUAAGAUUAGGUAUGUAUCCCAGGGAAACUAUUGGUUCACCGCAAAAAUAAAACAGAUUUAUAUCACUUUCUUAAAUUGUUUAAAGAAUUUUUGCUAAAUGUGUUUUGUAAAUAUGUUUUUGUUGUUAUGAAUUUGAAUUAUCUUUUAGAAGUCGUAACAUUUUGGAUUUUAUACUUAGACUUUUGUUAAAUAUAUUUUUACUGAUCAUUUUUAAUAAGACUAAUCAAUAUGUACUUUACAAUGUUUUGUUUUCAUCGAUUGUAAAAAGGGAUUUUAAGAUUGAAUCACAGAAAGCUUUAUAAAUAAUUCUAAAAAAGUUGUUGCCACAUUGACUUGUUAUAAAUUUUAAGCUAACCGUAUUCUAUUUUCUAUACGUAGGAACACCACAAACAAGUUGCCUUUAAGAUGUUUAAAUGUUAUAUCGAAAUA